AUAAGUGUUCCUGUUAUGAUUGUAGCAUAUCCUCCAAGGAUUACAAAUAAAGCCCCACAAAACAUUCAUACAAGAGCUGGUUCACCUGUACAUCUAAACUGCAUGGCAAUUGGAAUACCAAAGCCAGAGAUAACUUGGGAGCUACCGGACUCAUCAGUGUUAACAACAGCAAGUAAAGGGCGGUCUAUCGGGACUGAGCUUCUCCACCCCCAAGGAACAUUAGUUGUGCAAAAUCCCAGACCUUCAGACUCUGGGGUGUACAAAUGUAUUGUUAGAAAUGCCCUUGGCAUGGACAGUAGCUCAACUUAUUUAAAAGUUAUCUAA